CGGACCACCAUGAACGAAGUGGAUUUUCUUCAGCACAACAACACUGGAAGUCUGAGUUUAGAGGACAAACUGGAGAUUAGAUGCCUCGGUGCUCAUCAGCUGCAGGAUGCUGUUAAAACCCAAACCGCCGAUGUCCAGCAGCUGCUUGUGAUUAAAGAAGAGGUUUCCUAUGACUGGAGGUCCAAUCCGGACCCAGAGCCCCUCCACAUAAAGGAGGAAGAGAAGGAGCUCUGGACAUGUAAGGAGGGAGGAGAGAUUCAUUGGCAGGAGGAGACUGAUGUCACCAUUUUCCCAUUCAAUGUCAUUGUGAAGAGUGAAGAUGAAGAUGAUGAUGAUGAUGAACCUGAGUUCUCACAUCUUCUAAGCCAAACUAAGGGAGAGGACUGUGGAGGAGCAGAACCAGUCAGGAACUCUAAUCCAAGGACUGAAGAAAAGGCUUCAGACUCGUCUGAGACUGACGUCAGUGAUGAUGAAGAUGACUGGCAGGAACCUCUGUCACAUGCUGGACCUGACAUGAAAAACGGUGAAUAUUGUUGGAAGGAGAGCAGGGCACCAGAAUCGGGAGUAAACUCGGAUGUGGAAUGUGAUGCUAAGAAGAUUUAUCACUGCUUCGAAUGUGAUAGACAAUAUUUCUAUAAGCAGUCUCUUCACAGACACAUGAAAUCUCAUCCCAACAGUUUGGUUAAUAAAAAAUGCUUAGAUCGCCAGAAAAACGUGGAUUCGCUCAAGAAGAGGGGCAAAACAGAAGAGAAAAUUUUCAUUUGUGACAUUUGUGGGCAAAGAUUUACCCAAAAGACAAAUCUUAACACACAUAAGAGAAUCCACACAGGUGAGAAACCAUUCAGGUGUGAUGAAUGUGGCAAAAGAUUUAACCAACGGGGAAAUCUGCAGAGUCACCAGAGAGUCCACACGGGAGAAAAACCAUUCAUAUGCCACUACUGUGGGAAGAGUUUCCGACGGCAAGGAAGUCUGCAGGUACACGCAAGAGUCCACACAGGGGAGAAACCAUUCGUUUGCUCCAUUUGUGGUAAAGAAUUUGCCCGGACGACACAUUAUAAUACUCACAUGAGAGUCCACACAGGAGAGAGGCCUUUUGCUUGUAAUGUUUGUGGAAAGGAAUUCAGCCAUAAGACGCAUUUUAAGGAACACCUGAGAGUCCACACCGGAGAGAAACCAUAUGCUUGCGAAGCUUGUGGAAAGAAGUUUAGACUUCAGUGUAAUUUAAAGAGACACAUGAGAGUUCACACCGGAGAAAAACCAUUUGGUUGUGAUGAAUGUGGAAAGACGUUCAGUUGCAAGUCACAUCUUAAGAGACACAAGAAAGUCCACACAGGAGAGAGGCCCUUCUCUUGUCACAUCUGUGGGGAAAACUUCACAGAACCGGGAGUUCUCAAGGGUCACAUCAGAGUCCACACAGGAGAGAAGCCGUUUGGUUGUGACGUUUGUGGAAAAACAUUCAGGCAGCAGUGCACGCUUAAAAGACACACAGUCGUGCACACAGGGGAGAAGCCGUUUUUCUGUCCGAUUUGUGGUGCUCGAUUUACACAACAGGGGAAUCUGAAGAGCCACAUGAAGAUGCACACAUGAAAAAUGCUGUAAAUUACAGGGUUUGCUAUAAAAAUCAUUAAAUCACCUUUUAUGUUAGAUUCCAAUCCAUUUUUAUAGUUGGCACACCUGUGGAAAUUAGUACGCAGCAAUACCGACCCCUGUAUGUAGUUAUGUUAUUUCAAAAUCGGUACAGUGAUAGCUGAAUGUACCAUCAUCUUCCUCAGCUGUGUCUUUUUAAUGUGUGGAAAAAUAUAUGGUCACGAAAGCAGAAUAUGUUGUAAGCCAGGGGUCUCCAACUCUGGUCCUCGUGAGCUACUGUCCUGCAGGUUUUAGAUGUGCUCACGAGGACCAGAGUUGGAGAUCCCUGUUGUAAAAUCUGAACCUUUCUGUGUUAAAGCAGCACUACUAAACUUUGACAGGUUUUUGCACUUUGUUGCCCUCUACAGACGCCAGUUUGGCAUUCAUCUUCGUCCUGUCUCUCCUCUGAGUUCUCUCCAGCCAGUAAAAGUUAGCCCAAUGUUGACUCAUCUCUUCCUCUGUUACUUUCUCUCCUUUUCCUUGCUUCUUCCAAAAAUGUCAUCUUGUGUUUCUUUGAUGAAUCGGCCAUGGUGUGCAUUUAAAAGAGCCAAUGUGUUGAUAUCCAGUUGCUGUCAUGUGACACAGUGCCAUAAAGCGGAAUGCUGCUGUAAAGAGGAAGCAAAACGUUGAGAUGUGUGGUUCUUCAGCCUCUGGAUGCUGCAGGCCAUCGUGGCUCCUAGAAUGUACACCAUAAAUGUCACUAAAGCUUCAAAACGAGUCAGAAACGCAUAUUUUGAAGGUCAGAAAGUUACAUAUUGCUGUAAAGCAGCACUACUGAACUAUGGCAGAUUUUCAGACUUUGGUGCCAGAGAUCGGAGAUCACAGCCAGCUUAGACUGUUAAUCUUUACACAAUGAAAUUCCUCCAGACUGGAUGAAUGCUUUAAUGAUAUUUUGCGCUGUAUUAAAAAUAAUGAAAAUCCCCUCCAGCCCUUUUUAAAAAGGAACAUUAACUGUGGAGCCAUGGAGUACUUUUGAAGAAAAGAAAGGCAUCAUGCUAACACCCCGGCUUAUCCGAUCGGUCUGGAUGAGAACAAAGUUUCACUAGGGCCGGUGUUCUGCAGGUUUUAGAGGUUUCCCUGCUGCAACACACCUGACUCAGACUUGUGCAGAGCUUGAUGUCAGGGAAACUUCUAGAACCUGUAGGACACCGGCCCUCGUGAAACUUUGUUCUCAUCCAGGCCGAUCAGAUAAGCCGGGGUGUUAGCGUGAUGCAUUUCUGUUCUGAUUGGACAUUUGAUCAAAUUGCUCCGCAGCUAAUGUUCCUUUAAAAAAAGGGCUGGAGGGGAUUUGCACGUUUUGAGGACCCCUGCUGUGGUUGAUGGUCCUCCUGCGCGUACUUAGGUUCGGUGAUGAGUUUCAGUCCUGUUUCCAUCAUGUAAGCACACAACUAAUCAGAUCACUUCAACUAGCCUCCGCUGGAGUCUCUAAUCAGACUGAUUUCAGUUGGAUAGAAGAAAAAUUUGUCCAUGUAAACAUAGUUAUCAGAUUUUCAUGGAUGCUGCUUUUAUACCAUAUCGGCUGUCUCCCAAAUGUUGCCCAGUUGAACUAAAAUGGUUUAUUUAUUUAUUUUAAAUCAAAUUUUAAAGUGUUGGAAUCUUGAACACUGGUGGAAAAACGAAGGCUGCUAGAAACAAAGAGCAGGUUUAUAGAUCAGAGAACAUCAGCUACAUACAAUGAGCUGGAAUUACCCUUCACAUGGUUGUUUUUAACCAGGUUAAGCCAGUUUUCAGUCUUGGUCAGAUGUGGCAGCUAACUUAAACAGUAGUUGAUUUCUGUUGUAACUUACUGCAAAAAUCUACAAUAUCUACCAGCAAGGCGAGAGAGUCGGGCAGAGUUUAACUUUUUUUAAAAGACCAGUCAAUUACUAUUAAGGAUUAUUGAUCUAUUGUCACAUUUAUUUGUAUUAUAAAUUGUUUGUGGUUAUUUUAUGCAAAUGUAACAGCUUGACUUGUCAAAUAUGUACAAUAUAUGAAAUAUCUGAACUAUUUUAGUAUUUGUAUGAACAGUUAAAACAGACGUGCAUGUGUCUGAGUAUGAUUAUAAAACGAGCAUAAAAACAAAUUAAUUCUAAAUGCAUCUAAAUUUUGUAUGUUACAUUAAUAAAGCUGAAUGAG